GCCCACACUGCCAGUCCACAUCCUGGUGCGGCCAGGCUCAUUGCACAUGGUAUUCUCAUUCUUGCUCGGCCCUUGAUGCUCUAGAACUGCUUCGUUCUCCUCUUUCUUCUCUCUUGUGCAAACGUUCUUACCUCCUGACACAUCUUCGCGACCUCGACAAUCCGCUUCUACCUCGUCUGAACCACCGGCUCUUCGAUCCUGGGCAGUGAGGUCAACAUCUUGGUCUGCCCCUCUAAGAUCGCCGUCUGCAGCAUCGUCAGCUUCCCACAGUCGCCCCCCUGAACUCACAAAGACCAAACCCUGCUCUGUCUGUUCAAUUGACAAAGGACCUACCUCCUGUCGGCUGUCACAGCACGCCAUUUCCCUCCUGAACGCUUCGGUGCCGUUUCCAGGAAGUGGUCUUGUGCUCUGACAGAAACCGUCCCCCCGUCGGUGUUCUUGCGAGGGAGAAAGAGUUCGAACAACGCUGGGCCUGUGAUGGAGUGUGGAACGCAGAGGGAUCUUCUCAGUCACGCCGAUUGAGAGAUCUAUCUUGCGUUCCAUCGGGUUCUGCAGCCCACUGUGCGUAUUUGCGAGCAGGAGUCGGACAUUGGUGAAAAUUAUAUUGUGCUCCCCGGCGCCCCGCGACCGACAGGAAAAGUCACACGCACGUCGACUUUUCUGCCCGUCCUGUGGUCAGUAAACGACCACUAUCGCCGGGGCGAUGAAUCAUGCCAGCAAAACCACAGACGACACCUCGCCUCUUGUCCACGAUCCAACUUCAAAACUUCCGUCCAAAUCUUCGCAACCCCCCAUAGCUAUGGCUUCCCAACCGAAGUUGGACACCGGCUGGAGCUCGACCGAUACUCGAAUCUACUACACCAAGAAGUACAGACAGGUUCUCUCGUCCGCUCCCGCGUGCGCCUUUGCCGUGGUCGCAGGGGUGAGUGGCCUGAAAUCGCCCUCAUGGGACCGACCGUUUGACAAGUUUCCAGGCUCCUCUUGAAAAUGUCAAAGUUCGAAUGCAAUCGCGUCAUUUCGCCCAUGCCUUGGAAGCUACCAAAUACACUUACCGCACUGAAGGCAUUCGUGGGUUCUGGGCUGGCACAUUCAACCCGCUAGUCUCCAUCACCUUCUCCCGAGCCCUCGGUUUCUCCAUCUAUCGGAAAGCAAAGUACACCUUUGACGGCUGGAUCGAGGCGGCCACCGGUCGAUCUCCUCUUCAACAUGUCAACAAACCAGGCACUUAUCCGGACAUCUACACCAUGACAUGCUUUACUGGAGCGGGAAUGGUCUCGGGUGCCGUCACCGCCGUCGCUUUGACUCCGGUCGAACUCAUCAAGAAUGCCACGCAAACAUCAGUCCUCAUGGCGUCUCAAGUUGACCACACCUCGGCGACACCAACGCCUGCGGGCGCCAAGAACGUCGGCCGGGUCAGCUCCUGGACGUCCAUGAAACGAAUCAUCGCCCGACAGGGUCCUCUGGGCCUCUGGACCGGAUUCCGAUUGCAUUUGAUUCGAGAUGUCAUUGGCAGCGGCAUCUAUUUCGGGGUCUAUGAGACGACGAAGCAAUCACUCAACUCAUACUAUGGGGCUGAGAAGGCUAACUCUGCGGGGGCAAUUGCGAUGGCGGGAGCUAUCUGUGGCGUUGGUGCAUGGGUUGUGACCUAUCCGCUUGACACGAUGAAGACCCGCGCACAGAAUAACCUCGUGGGCUCUUCCCUUCCCUCUUCCACCUCCAAUCAGAGUCUCGGCGCGGCCAUUGAAUCAACCGCCAAAUCGGCUCUCCACCGGGUCCCCAGCAAAUGGAAGGGGGUGGAGAUGAUCAUCUUGCGUUCGUCGCUUCAGAACAUGAUCCAAAUGUCGUUUUUCGAGCAGGCGAAGGUGUGGAUUGACAAGCUGGAGUUCUCCGAUGGCAGCAGAACGCUGCCGGAGGUCGAGAGACAUUUUGGGAGAGAUAGCAAGAUUGUCCACAAGAAUGAUAAGUUGUGAUGGGUGGACGCUUGGACAGCAAAUUGACAGGAUAGUGAACGCUUCUGCGGCCUGUUUUUGGGCCAGCAAAUGAAAGAAAAUGCACACCUGA